CCUAAUAAAUUAUUGAAGAAUAAUACAAGUGUUAUGUAUAUUUUAUUAGGGAAAAAUAAACUCAAAAGUGCAAUAAAAUCACAUAAUUUUGAUGAAAAUAACAUUGAGAAAAUAGAAUAUGAUGAAAUAGUAAAAAUAAAUAAAAAUGAAAAUAACAUAGAAAAAAUAGAAUAUGGGAAAAAUAAAUUCAAAAAUGCAAUCAAAUCAUAUAAUUUAAGUUUAGAAAAGGAUUCUAAAAUAAACAGCAUCAUGAAAACCUGGCAUGAAAGUAAAAAAGAAUACUACGAAGACCAGAUAAAGGUUUUAAAAAAAAAGAAGAAAUGUGCCUUGUAUUUUACUACAAAAAAAUGGUGCGAAGAGAUGAAGGAUGCUUCAAAGACAGUAUAAACUAUAUAGACGUAUAGAUAGGCAAACAAAAACCAAGAACUGAAGAAAGUAAACGAAACUAAGCAAAACAUAUUAAAAUGUUUAGUUAGUAAUUCUAAUUCCUAGCAAAUAACUAACUAGUUAUUAGUUAUACAUCUAGUACCUACUAUAUUAUUUAUUUGAAAAUAUAAAUAAGGGAUAAAAUAAUAUUUAGCUUUCUAUUAUGAUUCAAUAUUUACAUAUUUAUUUAAUUCUUUUUGUCAUUUUAUUAGGGUAUGA